AUGCCACAAAUAGUGAACAAUGCAGACGGUAAUGACUUAUCUUCAAACAGCAGUAAAUUGUUCCAAACUGGCAUCGACUGGGGGAUAAUAAAUCCCGAAAAAUAUUCAUUACAUUCAUUUCUAAAAGAUGAACAAAAUAUCUUCAGAGACUUGUUCCGGGAAUACGUCAUAAUGAAUGAGACUGAGCCGAUUAAUUACGAAGAUUGGAUCGUUCUAAAUAACUUUGGAAUGCUGCCCGAUACACAAGAGUCUUUGUUCGCGAGGAAAAUAACGAAGAGGAGUAUGGCGGACAACAAGAGGCGCGGUUCGUCAAUAAGUACCGUUCGGAAGGGGGACAUAUUGAUUACAGGUCGAGGUAUCGGCCGUCUGCUCGGCCAUGCUGCUAUCAUGACUACAGACUUAGAAAUGCCAGGCGGCAGACUAGAGGCUAUACAUAGAACCGGGAUCAAAGACAAUAACAGACAGACAGAAUGAAGCAAAUGGUUUGAAGAGCACGCGUCAGAUUGGACAACAGUGUAUCGCUGCUCUGCGCGGGGAGCUGCAAACGGAGCAGCCUUAUGGGCCGAUCACACUUACUAUAAUCAAAGAGAAUAG